ACUUGGAUCAUCAAGAUGCCUGAGCCUGCGAAGUCUGCGCCCAAGAAGGGUUCCAAGAAAGCCGUGACCAAGACCGCCGCCGGCAAGGGAGGCAAGAAGAGGAGAAAGACCAGGAAGGAGAGCUACGCCAUCUACGUGUACAAGGUGAUGAAGCAGGUUCAUCCCGACACCGGCAUCUCCUCCAAGGCCAUGGGCAUCAUGAACUCCUUUGUGAGCGACAUCUUUGAGCGCAUCGCUGCUGAGGCGUCUCGUCUGGCUCACUACAACAAGCGCUCCACCAUCACGUCCAGGGAGAUUCAGACCGCCGUGCGUCUGCUGCUGCCUGGUGAACUGGCCAAGCACGCUGUGUCCGAGGGCACCAAGGCUGUGACCAAGUACACCAGCUCCAAGUAAACCGCUCUGCUGCUGCUGCAGUCAUCCAACACAACGGCUCUUUUAAGAGCCACACACUUCAUCUUAAAGAGCAAACUGUUCACACUCCUCAGUGUCUGAUGUUUAGAUAGACUGUUAUUGAUGGAUCUCAAAUGUGACAUUGAUGUGAGGUCACAUCUGUACUUACAGAUGUUCACCUGUGACAGUAUCACUCGGGUGUGAACAGGGCCUGUGAUAAAAGGCUGCACACUGUCAGUAAAUGAGCAGCUUUUAGUUUCUCCCGUUGGAACAGCAUCUAGAACCAUGUGACUUUUUUCUUUUAAUGAAUGAUGUUUUACUCAUUUUAAUUGAUUACCGCAAUUUUUCCCACAGUUUUAACUAUUGCUGUGCUUUUAUUUCGAGCUGUUUUUGUAAUGUUGCAUGGAGUUUCCGACUGCCCCUGAACUACUCACCAGACUUGUCACUGGCAGCAGUGUGAUGCGCAGCACGGUGUUGGCGCAGCAUCCUGUGUCCGUUUGGCGCUAUUUCUCCAGCCUGGGUCGAGAGCAGAGAACGCUGUCGCCCAGGAGGAUUGUGAGUAUAGUGUUGAGCUGCGGACUCGAGGGGCCAGGCAGUGUGGGCAGAGCCUUGAGACUUGUGUGGGCGGGUGUCCUGUGCUUCCAGGUGGACGCCGAGCGCAUGGCGAGCAGUCGAGCCGGGAAGGCGCACGGCUGUGCUGAAGAAGAGGAGCGACUCUGCGCCGCAUCCUGGACCUCGUUGGGGAAACGGACACGAAGGACUCUGGACCGGGGUUUUAAUAAUGUUAUUAUAGUAAAUGUUGUCAAGCUCCUAUCUGCAUCUGUGGAUCUGUUUUAAAUCGCCUCACUCCUGAUUUAUUAUAAGAACCGGUGUUGUCCUAGGCUCAUUCCACCCUCUAGGUGGCGUGGUCGGCAUUAUGAAUGAACUAAUCCUCAAAUUGAACUUCGUUUUAAACUUAAGAUCAACAGACACAGCAGUUUAAUGUGUCAUGGAAGUGUAAGUAAUGUAUCAUCAGCACCUCGGUGUUGUCCAACGAGCUCCACACAUCUAUAGAUUUGGGUAGAGCUCAGUAACUUUGUUCUCAGGCCUCACCCGCUCUCUGUUCCUGCCUGGACGUCCUGGUGUACAGAUGAAGUCAGGAGCUGAGCCUCCACUCUCCCCUGAACAGCUCAGGUGGAUCUUUGACAUCUGAGACAUGCAGCUGCUGAUCCAGGACCAGCUCUGGAGAUCCACCCUGUGAUUCUCUCUGCUCAUAUCAGAUACUUGCACUCAUUGUGAAAAGCUCCCUGGUGCUAGGACACGGACCAAAACACACAAUAUGUGACACAAAGGAAGGAGAUUUUAUAGAUCAGAUUGAAUUCCCUCCACACGUUGAGCUCACCAUAUAUGAUGAAUGAAUUCACAUCAAGACAGUCAACAAAUAAAAAAUAACUCACAAUAACUGUCAUUUUUGUUUUUUACGUGUGCUUCGUUGUAUUUUGUAUUUGUCACCUUUUUUUGUUCAAUUUCUAUUUAAUUAAUAUUUUCAUAAAAGCCCUUCCAGGGACAGAUGUUGGAAAUUAGCAUAUACAGUAAACUGAUACUUUUUACACAGGUGCAGAUUGCAUCUGUCUUGUCAAAUAAACCAAUAGUGUGCAGUAUCACA